UUAAAGCCCGCGUUGCUGAGGUCUAGGAAGGCUACCAUCUCUUGAGUUGGCUGGACUUGGCGUGGAAGAGCUUUGCUCCUUGGUGAGAUGUCCACCAAGGUGCCGAUCUACCUGAAGAGGGGCAGCAGGAAGGGGAAGAAGGAGAAGCUCCGCGACAUCCUCUCCUCCGACAUGAUCAGCCCGCCCUUGGGGGACUUCAGGCACACGAUUCACAUCGGCAGCGGCGGGGAGAGCGACAUGUUUGGGGACAUCUCCUUCCUUCAGGGCAAGUUUCAUCUUCUCCCCAGGACCGAAGGCAGCUUCGACUCCGACAAGGACAGCCCCGACGCGGCGCCAUUCGAAUUCUCCAGGACGGCCACCAUUUCCGGAUGUGAGCAGCCGUCCUCGGAGACUUCAUCUCCCCUCCUCAAAAACGCCAUCUCCUUGCCCGUCAUCGGGGGGCCGCAGGCCUUGACGCUGCCCUCGGCACAAGCCCCGCCAAAACCGCCGCGGUUACACCUCGAUGACAAAGCUCCGUCGGCGCAAAGCUGGGAAGGUGGGGAGGAGAACGGCGAGGGCAGAAACGCCGCCCUGCUGCCGCAUCCCUGCGCCUCGCGUUUCGCCGCCCCGACGAACGGCUUCGCCGAGGAGAAGGGCAACGCCGAGCCAUCCUUCCUCUCCCAUGCCGGCUCCCUCCUUUCCCUCCACGUGGAUUUGGGGCCGUCCAUCUUGGAGGAUGUCCUGCAAGUGAUGGAGAAACACCAAGCAGAGAGAGUGGGUGGAUCUAUACAGGAUUCGGGCAGGCAGGAAAUCUUGACGUGAAGACAACUCAAGAGCCCGUCGUGCAAACGGGAUGUGAGCGUUUAUCCUCGGCGCCGCUCCCCGCAGACCUCCGGCUAUUUCCUCAGCACGGGGAGAAAAAAAAAACAACACCCUACGAAGCCAAGACGAAACAGGCAGCACUCGCUGCUGGAUUAAAUCGACGCUUGCCUGUAUCAACUUCACCUUUAGCAACGGAUCGAACCGUAGGACUGCGCCGACCGGUAGAAAAUAAGACACGGCGCCGUUAUAAAUGUUUGUUGUACUGGAUGGGAUGAAACAGCGACGGUUGAAUUCCCAGAUGUCUCG